AUGAGCACUGGAAGAGCACUUCAGGCGUUAAACAACGUCCAAUUGAACACCAAAGCUGUCCCGUCUAGUGGAAUCAUUAAGACGCCGGUUCGCAGCUCAGUUUCCAAGCCGGAGACAAAAACCAAAAAGAAGAAGGAGAAGCUCAGCUCGCUGUGUAAGACUCCGCCAAGUGUGGUUCGCACCAGAAAUGGAAGAGGUUAUCAUAGAGGACUGUUCCUUGGUGAAGGAGGAUUUGCCAGAUGUUUCCAAAUGAAAGACGAGAGUGGCCGUAUCUACGCUGCCAAGACCGUUGCUAAGGCGUCCAUCAAGAACGAGAAGACCAAGACCAAGCUUUUGAGUGAGAUCAAAAUCCACAAGAGCAUGUCUCAUCCCAACAUUGUCCAGUUCGUUGACUGUUUCGAAGACGAUGUUAAUGUCUACAUUUUGUUGGAGAUUUGUCCUCAUCAGUCGCUGAUGGACCUUCUCAAGGCCAGAAAAGUUUUGAGUGAACCAGAAGUGAGACUUUUCAUGGUUCAAAUCAUCGGUGCUAUCAAAUACUUGCACAGAAGAAGAGUCGUCCACAGAGACUUGAAGCUUGGAAACAUCUUCUUUGACCCAGACAUGAACAUCAAAAUUGGAGACUUCGGUCUGGCCACUGUGGUCAGCUCGUCCUCAAAUAAGAGAUACACUAUCUGCGGUACUCCUAAUUACAUUGCUCCCGAGGUGCUUGGUGGUAAAACCACCGGCCACAGUUUUGAGGUCGACAUCUGGGCAAUUGGUAUCAUGAUGUUUGCAUUGUUGUUUGGCAAGCCUCCAUUCCAGGCUAAGGAUGUUCAGAUCAUCUACGAAAGAAUCAAGAAGAACGAAUACAAAUUUCCUUCAGACUCUGUGGCUUCUGCAGAAUCCAAAGAUUUGAUUGUGAAGCUGCUCUCCACCGAUCCAACAAACAGACCUUCGCUAGACGAGAUCUUGGACCACGAUUGGUUUAAAUGCGGACCAUUCCCAGCCCAGAUUUCCACCGAAUCGCUCAAACAAAUCCCUAAAAACUUGGCUUUCCUUACCAAGGAAGAAUCUCUCAUCAACUUUGCCACAUGCAAGCAACGGGUUGGAAUCAACGAGUCCUACAAAAACCCUGUUGAAAUCUUGAAAACCGACUUGGAAAGCGAGCAACCAAAAACGCUUCUUCCUCAUUCCCUCUCUCCUAAUAAUACCAAGAAUAAGUACAAAGAGAUUGCUCCAGUUUCGGUGAGGAGCACGGUGAGAAGCAAAAUCACCACGGAACUGGCUAACGCGCACCAAGAAAACCAAACCGUUCGCAUACUGAACGAUACAUUGUCCACCACGUUGAUGAACAUGAAAGAGAUCGAGUCUCAAAGAUUCAGGCCUGAUCCAAAGAUGAUGAAGAAGCCGGUGAUUGUGAGCAAGUGGGUCGACUAUUCGAACAAGCACGGAUUCUCGUACCAGCUCACUUCCGGAGCCAUUGGCGUUCUUUUCAACUCUGGUCAGACAGUGUUGAAGAUGGUGGAUACUACAGACGUUUUCUACAUCUCCAACUCUUUUGAGAACGGUUGGCAAAUUGCACACUACACAGAAGGCUCCACUCCUUCUCUGCUUUCGCGCGAGAUCGAGGUUGUGGACUUUUUCCGCAAGUACAUGACUGCACACCUUUCAGAUGUGUCUUCGGGCGCACGCAAGACAUCUGGUCGCAGCAAAGAUGUAUUUCUACGCAGAUAUACCCGGGAUGACAACUACAUUAUGUUCGAGUUGAGCAAUGGCAGCUACCAGUUUAACUUCAAAGAUCACCACAAGAUGGUGAUUUCUGAGCAUGGUCAAUACAUUACACACAUUACGCCUGCCAAAGAAAUCGAGACUUUACCCUUGGACUAUGCUUUGAACAAUGGUAAUUUCUAUGAUAACCCCGACGAGUAUUUCAGCGUGAAAUACGAUUUCAUAAAGCAUGCUCUCAGAGACAAGUUGUCGAUAUAA